AUGGUUCAUCUUAGAACACCGACUUGUGAACACCAUUCCAAAGUAAUACAUUGUCCAGUAUGUGGAGAAGAUAUUUGUUUAAUAUGUUUUGAACAGUCAGUAGAAGUUAAUGGAAGAUGUCCCUUAUGUAAACAACUAAUCCCAACACAUGAUUUGAAACAAAUUAGAAACCUCGCUUCUGGUGUGAGUCCUUAUUCUAUGGGAAAAGACUGUGAUUCUCCAAGAAUUAAGGAGAGUGAUUAUUGUGCCUCAACUCAAUCUUUUUUAUUUGAUGUUCCAACAACAAACAAAACAAUUACUUUUACUUAUGAACAAGGAUCUAAUUCACAAAUAAUUAGAUACGCAACACUUGAAAAAUGUUUACAGUAUAUCACAUCUUGUGAUAGUUCUGAUAUUUUUUUUUCUGAGUGCUUUAUUCUUGUUCAUCCAUUAGUAGUAAGUAGUUGUAAACUUAUGGAGUUAUUAACUAUCCGAUUUAAUCCUACAUAUCCACAAGGAAUUAGUUUCGAAACAUUUUUACAAAAGGUAUUAGUUCCAAUUCGAUUAAAAGUGAUGGGUUUACUUAGAAUGUGGAUUCAAAAUCGAAAGGCUGAUUUUCAAAAUGAAAAGCUUUAUGUUCAACUUGAUGAGUUAAUGAAAAAAAUUUGGGCAUUUAAACCUAAUUUAGCUCAUGCAAUUCAAGUACAAAUUGAUAAAGAAAUUGAAAAUUCUACAGAAUCUAAAUUAAUGAAACAAAAAUCAAUUUCAUCUAUUGAUUGUUCUAUUUCACCUCGUGAAUAUUUUGGAACAAAUUCUUCUUUAUCUAUCAAAUCUUGUCAAGACUUUGAAUCUAAAUUACCUUCUAUUUCAAUUAAAUCCGAUAGAUAUUCAAAAAGUUCAUUUUCUUCUUUAAGUAGGAAAAAAAUACAAUGGUUUAUUACAGACUUUAAUGAAGAGGUUCAAAGUUUAAUUCAUACCUUAUUUUGUUUCUCUCCAUUUGAUUGUGCCAAACAAUUAACAUUAAAACAAAUGGAGUUAUUACAAAAGAUUGAAUUAGAUGAAUUUUUAAAGCAAGGAUGGAUGAAGAAAGAAAAAGAGAACCUCACACCAAACUUAUUAAAAAUGGUAAGAUUUAAACAAAAUUAUGAAAGAGCUUUUGCUAUUCGUUAUUUUAUUUCAGUUGCUCAUUAUUUAAAACAAUUAAAUAAUUUUGAUGGAAUGAAAGCAGUAUUAGCUGGACUUGAUUCAUGUAGUAUUUAUCGGUUAAAAGAGAGUUGGGUAUUAUUAAGUACUGAAGAAGUUAAUUUAUUUAAACAAUUAGAUUCUCUUAUUUCUCCUGAUAACAAUUUCAGUAAAAUGAGAGAGUUAGUUAAAUUAGCACCUCCUCCAUCUAUUCCUUUUAUUGGUUCGAUACUUACUGAUUUAGUUUAUACUGAUGAUGGAAAUAAAUCUAAUGAAGGAAAGUUGAUUAACUUUUAUAAAGUCAGGAGUAUUGGAAUUAUAUUGAUGGAUUUACAAACAAGACAAAAAACAAGUUACCCUUUUCCUCUGGUUCCAAAAAUUUUAAGGUUUUGGUGUUGUGAUGAAAAAAUUAUUAAUGAAAAUGAAUUGUUUAAUCUUUCUCAAGAACUUGAACCAACCCAAGUACAAUCAGAAACAAGUAAAGAAAAGAAAAAAUUCAUUGAAAAAUCAAGUAAACAAUAUGAGUCUUUAUGGAAAUCAUUUACUAAAGCUGUACAUGAAAAAGAAUAA